AUCCCUGCUUCAUUUCCUACAGUUUGCCUGCAGGUGGCGUCAGUGACGUCGUCACUCUUUGAGCUGUCCUGGGCUUUAGCAUUCUACCAACGAGCUUUGCGCCGGUCAGUCCUAGACAAAAAGAACAUGACCCGAACUGGAACUGCUCUUCAAUUCCUGUGGCGUUUUUGUACCAUCGGAGCCCGUGUAUUCGCCCUGGCGCUUUUUGCAUCAGAGUACAAACUGUGGACGAUACCGGUGUGUGUGGGUCACUGGGGCGUUAUGACCGUUUGGAUAAUGCACCAACGUACUCACUUCUGUGAUAACGAGGCAGGAGAGAAACGUCAGUGUGAAGAGUACGUGUUCAACAUGGUCAUUGGUGCAAUUUACCUCUUUUGCUUCCUAAACGUGAAGGAUGGACCCACGCGCUACAAAGUCACUGCAUAUUAUACCAUCGCUGUUCUGGAGAAUUUCAUCUUGAUUGUACUAUGGUACGUACAGACAGACCCCAUUUUAUGGUAUCGCUUACCUGCCUUUCUUGGCAUUUUUGCAAGCUCGCUGAUGGGUGUCAGCAUCAUGGCAGUUUACUACUGCUUCUGUCAUCCCAAUGGAAAGCUGCCAGAUAAAGACCAUCAAGCACGUUGCUGUUAAUAUCAUAAACCUAAAGAAGACAGACAACCGUCUCACAACGGCAGUCUAUUACUGCUUCUGUCGCCCAAUGUAAACCAUCAAGCACGUUGCUGUUAAUAUCAUAAACCUAAAGAAGACAGACAACCGUCUCACAACGGCAGCUAUUACUGCUUCUGUCGCCACAA